CGUGGACUUGGAGUUUCUUGCAAAGAAGACAGAAAGAGAGAGAGAGAGAGAGAGAGAGAGAGAUGCCAUUCCUCGCAGGCAGCUUGGGCUUCUCAGCUCGGGGACUCUCAGGGCUCAGAUCUGUCCCAUUCGACUUCAUCUGACCACAGAAAGGCUGGAUGCUUUUGCUCCUGGGGUCCCCCUCUUUUAAAAACCAAAUCAGCAUCCCAUUCCCCCUUUUUAUUAUUCUUAUUCUUACAGGCAUCCAGUGGAGGCUGGACAUUUUCAACCCAUCUCUUUUGCAACCCUCUUCUAUUUUCUUUGGGUCUGGAGUGGCCCUGACCCCAUUUCUUUGCAGGUUUUUGGUAGGAUCAACUGGAGAUUUUUGGCCUUGCAUUAAUUCAGAUUGGGUUUUUUUUUAACUUAAAAGUUUCUUUUGCAACCCACUCCUCUGUUUUAUUUGGAGUGGUCCCUGCCUCUUUUCUUUGUAGGUUUUUUGGUAGGACCAACAAGAGAGUUUUAGCCAUGUAUUGAUCCUGAUUUUUUUUAAAUUAAAGUUUCAUUUACAACCCACUGCCCCCUUUUCUUUGGACUUAGUGUGGUCCCUACCCCAUUUCCUUAUGGGUUUUUGGUAGGGCCAACAAGAGAUUUUUUGCCUUGCAUUGAUUUAGAUUUUUUAAAAAUAAAUAUUUUGUUUUGUUUUGUUUCUGCAACCCUCUCCCCCAUUUUCUUUGGACUUUUUGGCCUUGCAUUUAUUCAGAUUUUUUAAAAAUCAAAAGUUGAAUGGCCUUGGGCAUCAGCAAGAAUGGAGCCCAGGUGUAUGGGAAUGACCUGCUCUCUCUCCACCAUCACAAGUACCAGCUUCUGCCGCCCACUCGAUGUGUGCAUCAGCAUGAGGACAGCAUGAAAAAGGAUGGUGCACCUGAUGCUUUUUGGUCCAGGCCUGAAUCUCGAAUAUGGACCUUGAUGCUGCUGAUUGGCACCUGUUUGCUCUACUGUACAAGGGUCACAAUGCCCAUCUGUGUAGUGGCCAUGAGUGCCCACUUUGACUGGGACAAGAAACAGUCUGGCAUUGUGCUAAGCAGCUUCUUCUGGGGCUACUGUUUAACUCAGAUCAUUGGAGGUCACCUGAGUGAUAGGAUAGGAGGAGAGAAAGUUCUCCUCCUUUCUGCAACAGCCUGGGGGUGCAUUACUGCCAUCACUCCAUUGUUCAUCUAUGUUGGCUCUGCUCACCUGGUGCUUAUGACCCUCUCCCGGUUCUUCAUGGGGCUGUUUCAAGGAGUUUACUUUCCUGCCUUGGCCAGCCUGUUUUCCCGAAAGGUGCGAGAGAGUGAGAGAGCCUUUACAUAUAGCACUGUUGGAACUGGAUCACAGUUUGGGACUCUGGUGAUGGGGGCUGCAGGAUCCCUCCUCCUCGACUGGUAUGGAUGGGAAAGUGUCUUCUACUUCUCAGGAGUGCUAACAUUGGUCUGGGUAUACUGCAUGUGCAAAUACUUGCUGAAUGAAAAGGAAAUCAUCAUCCCAUUAGAAGACCUAGCAAAGGGCCUCUCCUUAUCCAAACAGACCAAAGUGCCAUGGAAACAAAUAUUUAAAAAGGCCCCAGUAUGGGCAGUGAUUGUAGCCCAGCUGUGUGCAGCUAGCACCUUCUUUACCCUCCUCUCCUGGCUUCCCACAUUCUUCACGGAAACAUUUCCUGACUCAAAAGGCUGGAUAUUUAAUGUAGUUCCAUGGCUCGUAGCGAUUCCAGCAAGCUUGUUCAGUGGAUUUCUUUCUGAUCAGUGUAUCAGUCAAGGAUAUAAAGCAAUCACCAUUCGCAAGUUUAUGCAGAUUGUUGGCUCAGGAAUGUCCAGUAUAUUUGCCUUGGGCAUUGGUUACACCUCCAGUUUUUUCCAAGCAGUGGUUUUUGCAUCUGCCUGCAUUGGACUUCAGACCUUCAACCACAGUGGCAUCUCAGUCAACAUACAGGACCUUGCUCCUUCAUGUGCUGGCUUACUCUUUGGUGUGGCAAAUACUGGAGGAGCUUUAUUAGGUGUUGUUUGUGUAUACUUAGCUGGACAUUUGAUUGAAAGUACUGGCUCAUGGGUAUCUGUCUUCAAUCUUGUGGCAACAGUGAAUGCCCUUGGACUCUGCACAUUUCUGAUCUUUGGCAAAGCUCACAGAGUGGACACAGACACUGUCAAUGUAGAUCUAUAAGUGUUCUCCUUGACAGGACUAGAAAAUUGCCAGGAUGGUUUUGGACUUACCUUACAGAGCUUCAGCUGAACACCAAAAAUAACUUUGUUGGCCAUGCAAUGAUGACAAACCACAUACUCACCUAUUGACUCUGGGGGUUAUCAGAGCCCCUUUCACUCCCAUAUCAUUAGUUUGUGUUUGACCCACUUUGCUGCUUACCUGCAAGAUGGUAAUGUUGUCAGCUUAGCUAUAUUUGGGCUUGUCUUCAGUUCUUUUGUGUAAUGGAACAGGGUUUAAAUUGCAGACAAACACAGAAAAAGGCCACCACAAUUGUUACCGAUUAUUUUUAAAUGGUUUGGCAAUGGGAGCAGCAUAGAGUUGGAAGAGUGAACUAUCUGUAUAAAGAGAGAGGAUGACAGAGAGAAUUUCUUUUAUGCAGUUGUCAUGGAGGUCCCGCAGAUUUCAGCCAAAGCAUGUGAAAAAUGGUAGAGUUUCUUUUUUCUUUCAGAGGUCCUUAAUCCCUUCUUCAGAAUCAGACUGACAAACCAGGCAUUGGUUUUCUCAGCGAUAACUCCGAAACUUCCAGUGUGUGAGACGUUCUCUCUGUUGCUGAGAUGCUACAUGGCUGAGAGUAGUGUUAGAGUUUUGGGUGUGGAAUUCUGUUACAACUCCUGUGUUAACUGCCUUGAGGCCAUUCCAUUGCUAAUGGAAUGUGUGUGUAUAUGUGUGUGUGUGUGUGUGUGUGUGUGUGUGUGUGUGUGUGGAGACUGGAGAAGCAUCUGGCAUAUCUACUGAAGUGCUAGAGGUCUAAGCAGAUGGUAUCACUGACUUGCAGCUGCCUAUGGAGACAUAGCCAGUUACCUCUCCUAUCCUCUCUUCUCACCACCUUCAAUGGAAUGACCAUGCAGUGGGGACUAUCACAGCGCAACAGUGAGUCCUGGAGGUAAUUUGGUUAUUGCAGACGGAAGAAAAGAAUGCCAGCCUCUGCAAUGACCAACCCAUAAGGUGAACUUCUGAUUACAUGUAUUACUAUCAGGAUGCCAACCUACAUGUGCAAUAACAACUUACCAGUAGUUGUUUCAUAGUUAUAUAUGAUCCUGCCCAUUUUCCACAGGGAGACUUUCACUUGUGGAAGAAAGUUUAUUUUACUUAAUACUCAAACUUAAAAAAAAAAAAUAUUUGGGAGCAAACUACAAUCUGACUUCUCCCCCCGCCCCAUUACCAGCAGAUAUAUUUGCCAAACCACCAGUACGUUAACAGUAGCUGUGGUUUCUUCCUUUGUUCGGGAGGAUGUGGUUUUGUACUUAAAUACUAUCUGGAAUUGGUUUGUGUUUAUAAUAUGGCUUGAGAUAAGCAACGUUUGCUCUCUCUACUCCAUGACCAUCUCAUUUUGCACACUUUCAGUCACGUGUGAGCAUGUGUAUGUGUCUAUAUAUACAUACACAUUCUGUAUAUUAUAUAUUUAAAUGUUUAAGUUGUAUCUAUUAACUUAAAUAAUUAAGUUAUUAUAUUAUUUUAUUGCUCUUAAUAGUCAGUGUUCAACUGCUGUAAUAUAUUCACACAGAAAGUCUGAUCUAACCCUUUAAAUAAAAAGCAAAAGGAGAGAUGGCUGUGAUGCAGAUGUAUGGGAAAAUACAGUUGCAGGAUUGUGUUAGAGUAAAUCCCCAAAAGCUAACCAAGAGGUGCAUAAAAGCCAUGAGCAUUCCUACCAGAAUGGAAUCAACAUGGAAAAAGGGAAACCUAUUACAUUCCAUACUAAGAACAGGAGAGUUUGGCCCUUUGUUUACACUUAUAGAAUCGGUGUUUGGAGGGAGCUCAGGGCUUUCUAGUCUGACUGUCUGCCAUACAGGAAUCCACACCUAAAUCGCCCCUGAGAGAUGAUUCUCCAACUUCCCAUUUAAAGACUUCCAAAGAAUGAGAGUCCACUAUUCUUUGACUGUCUGUUACACUCUCAAACAGCUUUUAACUAUCAAGAAAUUCAUCCUAGUUUUUAAGUGGAAUUUAUUUACUUGUAAUUGGUUCAUGUUCUAGUCUUUGGAGCAGCAGAAAACAUGCUUGCUCCAUCUUCUGCAUUAAAUCCUUUCAACUAUUUAAAGAUGUCUGCUAUGUCACAUUUCAAUUGAUUCUUCUCCAAGUUACACAUAUCCAGCUCCCUAAAUUGUUCUGCAUAUAGCUUAGUUUCCAGACCUUUGAUCAUCUUGGUUGCCCUCAUCCAGAAAUGUUUUAACUUGUCAACUUCCUUCUAGAAAUGUGGUACCCAGAUGUGAACAUAAUAUUUCAGGUGACAUCUGGCCAAAGCAGAAUAUAGAGAUAUGAUUACUUCCUGCAAUCUGAACACAGCACUGCUGUUGAUGCAGCCCAGAAUUGCAUUAGCUUUUUGACCACCACAUCAUACAUUUCAUCCAUGGUUAGUUUUCAUCCAUGGUUAGUGGUCUACUAAGACACCUAGAUCUUUUUCUCAUGUACUGUUGUCAAACCAAGUGCUACCCAUUCUGUGCAUUCCUUUCUGAAAUGUGUAGUACCUUGUGUUUAUCCCUGUUGAAAUUCAUUUUGUUAGCUUUGGUUCAACUUUGUAAUCUAAGUUCAAUUUGAAUCUUGAUUCCAUCUUCUUGGGGUAUUAGAUACCCCUUCCUAAGUUGCUGUCACCUGCAGAUUUGCUAAACAUGAUCUCAGUUCUACCAUCCAAGUAAUUUAUAAAGCUCCUGAAACACACCAGCCCCAGGCCAGAAUUUUGAUGUAUUAUAUCCAGAAGGAAGGGAAACUGAUGGUAAGUAAUCCAUGACUCUGGCCCAUAUUUUGUUUUUUAAAAAAUCUAUCCAAAAUUUUGGCACUGUCUAGCCCACUGUUUACCAUCUUGUAACCAAGAAUAUCAUGGACCUUGUCAAAAACCUUACUGAACUCAGGACAUAUUACAUCCACUACAUUUCCUACAUUCUCUAAAGCUAUAGCAAAAAGAGGUAAGAUUACUCCAGCAUGACUUGUUUUCAGAGCACAGUUUCUAUGAAAUAUGGGACAGCAAGAAAUAAGUGCUUUGCAUUUAAUAGAUGAUUCUUCCCCUACCUUUCCCCCCUUUGAUCCAAUGAUUGUCAGUUUUUAUCUUCUGACAAUGCUUGAAUUAACAAAAAACAAUUUUAAAAACCCAACAACUUUGCAUGAUAGUCCUUAGUUCAUUCACUUGUGCCUUAACAGCUGCUGGAAUAAAAGCCAGAUACACAAAAAUGGUGGCAGUUGAUGGCUUCCAUGUAAAUGGGUUGGUGGUGCCAUACUGGGUUUCAAAGGACAUUUCCAAGGCCCAGAGCCUAUUUUGUGGGUAGGUUUUACCACCUUGGAAAGGUUCUUUAGAUGUCAUGCUAAAAUUAGCAUGCAAGCCACCACAGUGCACUAGGUAUACCCUGAAGCUAAGGUUAACUCAGCAAGAGGACUUCUGUUUUCCUCUCUGGGAGACUUUCUGCAGGCAGAAUGGGAAUGCCUUUGUGUAGCCUUGAUCUUGGAGCCUGGUAUAAAAUCUUUGAGGUGAUGAUUCCCAGAAACCCUGUUGAAUUGUCCAGAAACAGAUGAAGACAGUACAAACCCUUCAGAUGAGAAGAAUGUGCUGUCUUUGAAGGCCAAAUAAAAAUGUUAUGACAAAUGUGCUGCCAUUUCUGAAAAGGGCAGGUGUGUCUAGUUUCUCCCUUGGUAACAUAUAGUACAACUCAACUAUAUCUUGACACCAGGACACUCCAUGUUUUCUAGUUGCUGUCACCAGUGAUGUGUAAUGUGGGUGGAGAAACAUCACAUGGCAUCAACUUGGCACAUACUGUAUUUGUAGCUGAUGUUUGGAAGAACAGCAGCUGGAUCUUUAUUGUAAUAUCUACAUUGGCCUGAAGUAGGGAUGGACAGGGGUAAAUCGGGGGCAGCAUGUGGCUCUUGGUCUAUUUUUGUAGGGCCCAGUUGUCAUUUUCUGCCACAGAAUACUUCCCAGAGGGUAUGAGGGGCACCCUAAAGCAAGAGUGGCAAGCUCUCAGGGUCUGCGAGCCAAAUUUCUGCUCACUGCUAAUUUUUCUGCUCAUUGAUAGUACAGGUAUACACACAGAGAGGAAGAAUCUAAACCAGAAGCAGUCUUUUCCCUGUUUCAUAAGACUCCUUUGGGGAGGUUUGGGGGAGGGUGUCUAAAACAGUGCAGUUUUGAUGAAGAGUCAUCCUUCCUGGAAGAUUCUAGGAACAGAAAUUGACCUACAGUAUUUUGACCAAAAGUCAAAGUAGGCAGAAACAGUGGGGUCCAGAAAACAGCCCUGGGGGACUGAAUGUAGCCAUUUGGUCACACAUUUUCCACCCUUGGCUUAAAGCAAAUUUCCUUGUCAAAAUAUUUGAAUGUUUUCUUACGUUUGUCACAACAGCAGCUAUCAAGUGAGCAACAAGUACCUGUUGUCAGUGUAAUUUUGCAUUUGUAUAAUCCAGGGGUAGGCAACCGUUUUGAGCCGGGGGCCGGGUUGCUGUCCCUCAGACAACUGGGGGGCCGAAGCCGAAAAAUAAAUAAUUAAAUAAUUUUAAAAAAAUUAAUA